CUACCUACUGUUAUAUUGGAGAAGAUGGCCACUUCAUAUAAGAUUCUACAGUAAAGUCUCAUAGUAUUUUUUUUCCCUUGUCAAUUUGUUGUAUACCUUUUUAAAGUGAGACGGGUUUAAUACUUCCAUAAAGUGGCAGACUGGCACUCCCAUUUUUCCUCACAAUUACAUAUAUAUCCUCUGUAUGGUUUUCUAUGAAAUUCAAAUGAAUGGAGAGAUUUUGACUUCUGAUUUGAUAUAUUCUUCUUCAGCUCCCUAAAGUUUCCAACUGUUUUUCUCGCUGACUCCAAUGUCGGUAAUACUUGCUUCUCACAGCAAGUGUUGCCUUGUAGAAGAAAUAAUAAUAAAUCACAAAAAACCAAGAAAUAAUCUUUCCUUUUCGGGUUCACUAGUAUAUCGCAAUAACUCGGUCAAAGCCAAGAAACCCCUCAAAUUCAGAGUCAAAGCUCAAGACAGAAAAUUACUAAGUAGGCAUGGCAAGGUUAUUGAGAUGGUACCCACACCAGAAAUCCGAGAAAGAAUGGAACUUUGUAGAACUUCAUCGAGGCUCGUAAGCAUCAAUGGGGUUAACGUAAUUAAAGAAGUCGGACUGGUCAAGAAAGACCCUCCAAAUUUGCCGGGGCUCAAAGAGAUUCCGAUUGUUUUACCUGCCGAUGAUAAGGGCUUCAGCUGGGCCAAUGAGAAUUAUAACUCGGUUCAAAGAAGUAUCGACGUGUGGUCCUCAGUAAUUUCCCUUCGUGUGCGUAUUUUUUUGGACACCACAAAGUGGACCUACAUUGGAGGCUUCACUCAGGACAAGCAGCUUGGUCCCACAUUUAUCAAACUGGGGCAGUUAGUUUCGUCAAGGUCCGAUAUAUUUCCUAAAGAAUACGUAGACGAGCUUGCAAAACUGCAGGACAAAGUACCUGCAUUCUCGAUGACGAAAGCGAUUAGCUUUGUUGAAAGUGAAUUGGGUGCUUCGAUCGAUGUGUUGUUUAAAGAGUUUGAAGGACUACCCAUUGCAGCUGCUAGUCUUGGUCAGGUUCACAGGGCAAUCUUGCAUAGCGGAGAGAAAGUAGUGGUGAAAGUACAACGGCCGGGACUGAAGAAACUGUUCGACAUCGAUCUUCGAAAUCUGAAGCUAAUUACUGAAUACUUCCAAAGAAGUGAAACUCUAGGGGGUCCCUCGAGGGACUGGAUUGGAUUAUACGAAGAAUGUUCCAAGGACACAUUUCUUAAUGGGAUUCUUAAGUCUUGUGUUUAUUAUGGGGACACUAGGAUACUGUAUCAAGAAAUCGAUUAUGUAAAUGAAGCAAAGAAUGCUGAUAGGUUUCGACGGGAGUUUCGGAAUAUAAAGUGGGUCCGUGUACCUAUGGUCUACUGGGAUUAUACAGCAAUGAAGGUGCUAACGCUGGAGUAUGUUCCGGGCAUUAAGAUAAACCAGCUGGAUUUAUUAGAUAAGAAGGGUUAUAAUCGAUCUAGGAUCUCAUCACGAGCUGUUGAAUCCUUCUUAAUCCAGAUACUAAGGACAGGUUUUUAUCAUGCCGAUCCUCAUCCUGGAAAUCUAGCCAUAGAUGAGGAUGAAGCACUUAUAUUCUACGAUUUCGGUAUGAUGGGAGAAAUUAAGAGCUUUACGAGGGAUAGGCUUUUAGGACUUUUCUAUGCUGUUUAUGAAAAGGAUGCAAAAAAGGUUAUGAAAAGACUUGUAGAUCUUGGUGCACUUCAGCCCACAGGGGAUAUGUUAUCAGUGAGAAGAUCUGUACAGUUUUUCUUGAAUAAUUUGUUAACUGAAGGACAAAAACAACAGCAGCAAACGUUCACUGCAAUUGGCGAGGAUUUAUUUGCCAUAGCAAUGGAUCAGCCAUUUCGAUUUCCUUCCACUUUCGCGUUUGUAGUCAGGGCAUUCUCAACACUCGAAGGUAUUGGCCACAUGCUGAAUCCAAAAUUUUCGUUCGUUAAAGUUGCUGCCCCAUAUGCACAGGAACUCCUGGAUUUAAGACACGAGCACCAACAGUCUGGGGUGCAAGUCGCUCAAGCAAUACGUAAACAAGCUGAAGAUGCAAGAUCUAACACCAUGUCCAUGCCUUACCGAAUCCAUCGGAUAGAAAACGUUGUAAAACAGCUCGAAUCCGGAGACCUAAAGCUACGUGUUCGUGUCCUUGAGUCAGAGAGGGCAGCGCGAAAGGCGACUAUACUCCAUAUGGCGACCAUUUAUACAAUCUUGUGGGGCACAUUUUUAAACCUUGGGGUGACAUUAAUCAACCAAAGCAGUCGAGUCAUGGCAAACGGCACUUUUGUUGUUGCAGGUGUUUUCUUCGCUCUGCUCGUUCGAUCCAUGCAGAGAGUGAGGAGGCUCGACAAGUUUGAGAAAAUGUUGUGAUUUUUUUUUUCUUUUUAGUUACAGAGUAAUGUAUAUUUUUAUUCUCCCUUCAAAUGAUAGAUUUAUAUGUUUAAUUUGUUUGUUAAAUUUAAAAAUAUGUGUUAUCAUCAGUCAAGAAUGGUUUGAACUUUGAAGGGAUGGAAAUAAAGUUGGCUUCAGCUUCAUCAACAGAUUUUCAUUAGUUUGUUCAAAGACUUUCUAGUUUGGCUGCUUU